CGGGGCAAAAGAGCGGAAAGGAAGUGGGGCUACGUCACAACCCUCAAAAAGUUCUGGACGAACCCUUGAGACUUCAACCAAGGUUCUUAAGUACGCGAAUUAAGUGGAACAAUUUGUUGUAUGAUACUUUAUCCGCAACUCAUCAAAUCAGUCUCGAAGCUCUCAUACGCACAAAACCACAGUCGCCAUGGGACCAAAGAGGAAGGACUUUCUGAAGCCAAAGCCGAAAGGCAAGCUCAAAGCGCCGGAGCCGCAAACUGAGAAUGAGUUUUUGGAAGCUGCAGAUGAGCACGAGCAGGCGGCAGGAAAAUGGAGAGCUGGAGACGCGGUGAAAGCGACGCGUUUCUUCAACCGCGCCAUCGACACUUACAAUCAAGGCUUGAAGAAGCAUCCACAGUCUUUCGAUCUUGCGUACAACAAGGCAAACCUGGAGUAUAAUCUGACAGAGGAUGAGCGGAUACUGCCGCACCUGGGCAGCAGAACUGCAUUAUUGGAAGAGACGUUGAACUCGCAUCGCCACGCCAUUUCACUGAACCCUUCUAAUACCGACAUAUUAUUCAAUACUGCACAGGUCCUUACUUCGUUAGCGGAAGCCGGACUAGAAGAAGGGACGCAAGAGGCCGCUAGAACGCCAGCGAGGAAUCUGCUUGAAGAUGCUGUAGACAUCUUCACUGGAUGUUUGCAGAAGCAGCAGCAAGAGUAUGAGCAAAUACAAACAGAGAUCGCAAAGGCUCAAGCGUCGGGAGAGUACCAGGAAGCUUGGCAGGGCGAUCGACCGCAACCUGCUGAAGCGAAGGAGCAAGACGAUGCGAACACCGACUCAGCGUCAGAAGGACCUGGAGACUGGGCCACAGUCGAGGAGCCGGUUACGCCGAUCACUAUACUGGAGACAUGCACAGCACAACUAGGUGCUCUCAUCACUUUGAUUGGGCUGUACACCCCCGAGGAUCUGCCAAGCAUUGAGAAGAAAGCACAAGGCGGUCUCCUGACCGCGACCGAGACCAUUCCCGCUCUCAUAAGUAUCAUCGACGCUUCGCCAGAUUCAGACUCGGAGGAUGAACCAGAAGCGGGCCUAACGUUAUCAAUCGGUCAAUCCACUGCGACCGACGAAAACUCAACAUCACCUAAGGAAGAUGCAGUGCUCGCGGCGGCGAACUUCCAGGCCAGCAUUGCAGAGGCUAUGUACCGGAGUGGCAGAAGUUCACCAAGUCAAUACGCACAACAAGUCGAGCAGGCCUUCGCCACCUUGAUAAAAGAGGCUCAAGGCACCAGCAGCUCAGGCCUUGCAUAUGUCAAUAUCCGCUCUUCGUACGCAGACGCGCUCAUCGACCUCGCAUCCUCGAUAUCGGACAGCCUACAGUACGACCCAACAUCACCUUCCUUCGCCGGAGAUCUGGAGAUUCAGUGGACAGCGCUCUCGCAAGCUCAAAAGACGCUGACCGAACUUUCCUCCGCACCACACUCUUCCCUGCUCUCCGCGUCCCGUCUUGCGGACACCUUCCUCGCCCGCGGCGAUACCGAACUCUUCCGCUUCCGCAUCGCAACCAUACCCGGUGUGAAAUCGGCUUGGGCGAUCAGCAAAGCGGUUAUCGUGGCAAAUGCGGGCGUGUUUUACCGUGGUGCGAGAAGCUAUGCGCAAAACGCUGGGGUAGCGCAGACAAGGGCCACAGCUGAUGCUAAGGCGAUCGUGGCGGAGAUCUUGAAGGAGGUAUCUAGUGGGUCGAGUGCUAGAAAAGUAAACUGGAAGGGCAGAAGUAAUGACGUUGCGGCUGUGCUGGGACAGAUGGUAGAAGAAGGGAUUAUUGCGGAGGAGAACGCGCAGGGGUUGUUGGACUUUGCUGAGUAAUUGUGAGUGAUGUUUUGGUCUAGUGACGAGGUCACACUUGCAUUCACCUCUGACUGUAGCCUACUAAUCUUAAGAUCUUGAGCAAACGGC